UAGCACUCAAAACAGUCUAGGUCAUGCUAGUGGUUGGCACUGCAUUAAUGAUAUCUUAAAACGACUAAAUCUUAAAGGAGCAAUUAAUGCAACAAAAAAACAGGCACAGAGUUGCUUCAUUACUUGCUAAAUUGCAUCUUUCAAAAAAAGAACAAGAACUAAUAUUUCAACAUUUUGGUCAUUCUGAACGAAUGAACAAAGAUGUAUAUCAAGCUCCUCCUGGAUCUAUGCAAUUACAGACAACUGGUCAAUUUUUGUUGCAAAUUAAUUCAAGUAGCAAUAAUACUUCAGAACAAACUAUUUCAAAUACUGAUGAUCUUUCGUGUGUAGCAAGUGUUUCAACUCCCAAGUUGUAUGAAGUCAAUAUGGAAGGAAAUGAUAAAAUUAAAAAUGUGAAAUGUUAUCCUAAACGAGUAAGACCAAAAGCCAAUAGCGUUAUCAAAAAUUCAGGUUAUGGCUGCAAAGAGACACACCGUAGAAAUGUAAUACACAUUGAAAUUUGUUUAUAUUUGCAACUGCCUUUUAAAAACUCUAACCGUUCUUGUGGAGAUGAAAAUAUAGAUGAAAACUUAGACGAAUGCCAUGCCCCUGCUUACAAUGAUUCUCUUUGUAGUACAUCUGAAAUAAAUAAAAAAGGUUAG